CAAAGUCGCCAUCUCCCACCGAACAAGCGAGCAAGAUAAGCAUUGGCUUCCGAGUUCCAACGAUCUCGUAGACACUCUCUCGUUUCAAUUCUCGACCGACAUUUAAUCUUCCAAAGCUCCGUAUCUGGUGCAAUGGCCGCAGCGAAUGCCCCCUUCGCUCUCAGCCGCCUCUCCCCGACCGCGCGCCUGCCGUUCCGUGCCUGGAGAGCCGCGAGGCCGGCCCCGGUCUGGACCGGGAGAACCCGCCCGCUCUCCGUGGCCUCCGCGGCGCAGGAGAACAGAGACAACUCCGUCGACGUCCAAGUCAGCCAGGCCCAGAACGCUGGAAACCAGCAGGGCAAUGCAGUCCAGCGCCGCCCUCGUCGCGCUGGAUUUGACAUCUCCCCGUUCGGGCUAGUGGACCCGAUGUCGCCGAUGAGGACGAUGCGGCAGAUGCUGGACACGAUGGACCGGCUGUUCGACGACGCCGUGGGGUUCCCCACGGCGCGGCGCUCGCCGGCGGCGGCGAGCGAGACGCCGCGGAUGCCGUGGGACAUUAUGGAGGACGAGAAGGAGGUGAAGAUGCGGUUUGACAUGCCUGGGCUGUCGCGGGAGGAGGUGAGGGUGAUGGUGGAGGACGACGCGCUGGUCAUCCGCGGCGAGCACAAGAAGGAGGCCGGCGAAGGGCAGGGCGAAGGCGGCGACGGGUGGUGGAAGGAGCGCAGCGUGAGCUCCUACGACAUGCGACUGGCUCUGCCGGACGAGUGCGACAAGAGCCAGGUGCGCGCCGAGCUCAAGAACGGCGUGCUGCUCGUGUCCGUGCCCAAGAGGGAGACCGAGCGCAAGGUCAUCGACGUGCAGGUCCAGUGAUGAGUUUGUGCGAGACUCUGUACCCUGCAUCUGAGGCUUUGAGAUUUCAGCUGUCCGAGGCGUGACCGUGCGAGUGCGUGCUCUUUGUAGACGUAGUGUGCCGUUCUUCUCCGACCCUAUCUGCGCGCUCGUUGCGCAGAACAUGUCGUGCUGUACGUAAAUGUACUUGGCAAAUCAUUGGAAUAAGUGUUCGGCUGCUUGAUCAGCUGGAUACAUUUCGAUUAA